CAGAUAACGACGGUACACUAGAGGGAGCAAACGCAUACAAACCACACUAGUUUCGAUCCAAGGCCGCCAAGAUAGCGGAACAACGAUGGAAUGAUUCCGUGUCGACGAAAGCACCCAGUUCUUGGCUGCAACUUGCACCGAAUACCGGAUGGUCGCGAUCCUGCUGAGCUUUCGUACAACUACCACACCUGGGCAUGCUGGACUGAAUCGGCCAGGCUAGCAAAUAAUCGCUCCACACGUCUCCAUCCAAGCCAUGAGAUGCCGAGGAGCGAGCGGGUGCUAGACGUGCUUAGCUCCAGCGCAUGGAAUACCAUCGGCAUGCUUGAAAACUGGGGAUUGCGCGAGACGAGAACCGGGCAAAAAGGUCACCCCACUACACUACCACGGGUCAAUUCCCGGACGGACUUGGGCACGGCACCACUACACGUGCACUGACCGUCUUUCGAAGGAGUCUAUUCUACUAUUGUCUUCCUACUCCAGUCGAAGGCUCGCAACAGUCGCCGAGUCGCCGGUGCCAUUACGCUGCUCCACAGCCACGGGCUUCCCCCUCCUCGGAACCCGAACCUCGUACCAGUAGUCCGGGAAAACGGUCCAAACGGAACCAAAUCAGCCACACUG